AUGUCAGAUCCGUUUUCAAUUAAUGGGGGAGCAGCCGUUGCUAUGAUUGGAAAAGAAUGUAUAGCAAUUGCAAGUGAUUUAAGAUUAGGACAACAAUCACUUGGAGUUUCAAAUAAUUUUGAAAAAAUUUUUGAGAUUUCACCUAAAACUUAUUUAGGAUUAACAGGAUUAGCAAGUGAUGUAUUAACAUUAAAAGAAUUAUUUCGAUUUAAAACAAAUUUAUAUAAAUUACGAGAAGAUCAUUCAAUUGAACCUUCAACUUUAGCAAAUUUAAUUAGUUCAAGUUUAUAUGAACGUAGAUUUGGUCCUUGGUUUGUUAGUCCAAUAGUUGCUGGUUUAGAUAGUAAAACAAAUAAACCUUUUAUUUGUGGUUUUGAUUCAAUUGGUUGUAUUGAUUAUAGUCAUGAUUUUAUUGUUUCUGGUACUGCAAGUGAUCAAUUAUAUGGGAUGUGUGAAAGUUUAUAUGAACCUAAUUUAGAACCUGAAGAAUUAUUUGAAACUAUUAGUCAAGCUUUAUUGAAUGCUGUUGAUAGAGAUGCUUUGAGUGGUUGGGGUGCUGUGGUUUAUAUCAUUACUAAAGAUAAAGUUACCAAAAGAGUAUUGAAAACUAGACAAGAUUAA